AUGGCGAUCGUUGUUGAUAAACUGGAGGCGCUGCCACCGAAGGGUGACGACUUCUGCCUAGACGUCAGGAAGGAUGUUGUCAACAUCGUUAAUUUGAAGAACGUUCUCUCUAGGCUCCGUAUCCUGCCCAAUUCUACAGGGAGCACAGCAAGAUGUGCAGCCGUCCAAUUCAAAGAUUCUAAACAACAGGUUGCACUAAAGAUGUUCAAGCAAUGUGACGAGGAAACCGGGCACCGUUUUAUGGAGGAAGCCAGGAUAGCUGUGAAAGUGAGUGACCACCCUAACGUCAUCACAACUUCUCUUCCUUUAUACCGGAGCGAGAAGGAGGGCUUCAUCAUGGUCAUCGAGCUGGCAAAUGGAGGUGAUCUCUGGGACUAUGUGUUUCAAUCAAAACCAAAGCCAGAAUAUGAGCUCCGGGGUUUGUCUAGGCAAAUGGUAGAUGGACUAAGCCAUGUCCACGGCUGCGGGUAUGCCCACAUGGAUGUGAAGCUAGAAAACUUUGUUGUCUUCGUCAACGCCGACAACAGCAAGACCCUGAAGCUGAUCGACUUCGGCCUUGCUUAUGGCUUGGGCAGGUGGCAGGAUCGCGUUGAAAUGGAUUGCAGCGGCGCCGCCUACUAUGCGCCAGAGCGGUUUCCACUCCAGCCGCCCCUUUACUCACCACAGGAGGCAUAUUUCUGUGUCCAGACCUCAUUUGACGUUUGGGGUCUGGGUAUCUGUUUAGUAGUGAUGUUCACCCUGCAGUAUCCAUGGGACAGAGCAGAUAUCACUAAAGAUAUAAGAUACGCGAAAUUUCAGGAGUGGGCAUCGCACUUCCGUUACGGAGAUGCCUCGCGUGAGUCUGCCCCUGAAAUAUUCCAAUGCUUCUCGGAUGCGUGGCUAGAUAUCUUUGUCAGCAUAUUUGAUGAGAUCGAGGAGACCAGGCUCACCAUGGCCCAAUUAAGAUCUGCCAUUGACAGACCGGACUCGAUCUACGACUAG